CCCAGACAGAAAGUUUAUUGCAAGCCUCAGACCUGCUGCAAUUCAUGGGAAAGACCAUUUAACUAGACCUACAGUGUAGUGCAGUUUUUCACUGGCAGGAGCGGCAUACCUGGAAAAUGCACUUUCUGUAAAUUGCUGCACCUGUCCAUUCUUCACUGAGGGGAAAAAAGGAACUCGGGCAGAAUCAAAGUUGGAGGAAGGACAGCCGAGCUUCCCUCUAAUCAACUUCUCUCUGUCCAAAAGAUGUCAGCAUCCCCCGCCAGCACUCUAGGAAGAGGAACCAAAACCUCUAAAGUGUCAAAGGAUCAUAAAAAGCCUACAGCAGCUGCACUCAAAGGAGCCAUUCAGCUGGGCAUCGGUUAUGCUGUAGGAAACCUCAGCUCGAAACCAGACAGAGAUGUUCUCAUGCAGGACUUCUCUGUGGUGGAGAGCGUCUUCCUGCCCAGUGAGGGCAGCAACCUGACGCCGGCACAUCACUUCCCAGACUUCCGGCUUAAAACAUAUGCCCCUCUGGCUUUUCGCUACUUCAGAGAGCUCUUUGGCAUCAAACCAGACGACUAUCUGUACUCCAUAUGCAAGGAGCCUCUGAUAGAGCUGUCCAACCCUGGCGCCAGCAGUUCCUGGUUUUACCUCACCAGCGACGAUGAGUUCAUCAUCAAGACGGUGCAGCCUAAAGAGGCCGAGUUCCUGCAGAAGCUGCUUCCUGGUUACUACAUGAACCUUAAUCAGAACCCGAGGACAUUGCUGCCCAAGUUCUACGGCCUUUACUGCAUCCAGUGUGGAGGCGUCACCAUUCGAGCGGUGGUCAUGAACAAUGUGCUGCCUCGAGCCAUGAAGAUGCACUACAAGUACGACCUGAAGGGAUCCUCAUACAAACGCCGUGCCUCACGCAAAGAGCGUGUCAAGUCCUCGCCCACGUUCAAAGACCUGGACUUCCAGGAGAUGCAUGAGGGCCUGGUCUUUGACCCAGACACAUAUAAUGCCUUGAUGAAGACCCUGCAGAGGGAUUGUCGGGUCCUGGAGAGCUUUAAGAUCAUGGACUACAGCCUCCUGCUGGGGAUUCAUGUUCUGAAUAGGAAGCCGCUGAGCAGAGGAAGCAGAUGUGACAGCAGGAAGGGACAGAAAGUCCUUUACUCCACCGCCCUCGAGUCGAUCCAGGGGAACGUCAAGGACCCAGAGCCGGUAGCAGAUGAUGACACACUGGGUGGAAUUCCUGCCAAACAUAAAGAUGAGAAUCUGCUCAUCUUCUUAGGAAUCAUCGACAUUCUUCAGUCAUACAGGUUCGUUAAGAAGGUGGAACACUCCUGGAAGGCUCUUGUACAUGAUGGGGACACGGUGUCAGUGCACAGGCCCAGUUUUUAUGCAGACAGAUUUCUGAAGUUCAUGGGCACGACUGUUUUCAAAAAGAGCCAUCCUUUAAGAGGAGCGUCUUCAAAGAGGAAGAAAAAUUCCAUCCAAGCAAAGUCGGCCUCUCAGGAGUUUCUGUCACCACUGAAAGAGAAGAAGGAGCAGAAGAAGGCCCAAAGCAUGGAAAACCUAGAUGGAAAUUUUUACAGUUCCUCAACUCAGCCAGAUCUUCUUCGCGGGUCUGCAGAUUCUUUGGAAUUCACCCGAAAAGAUGAAGAAGGCUUUGUAAACAGUGAAGACAGACGAGCCUCCAGUUCAACGAUCGCUCUGGACGAUCCUCUGCCGUCCAUCAGCAGAAGCCAGUCUGACUCUGAACUGGAUGUCUACUUGUGAGGAGAAACAGGUUAAUGGCUCCUUUCCAACCACCUGCACUUGUGAACUUUGACAGUCCCACAACAUGAAGACGUCAGGACUUCAGAACAGCACAAACAUGAUACAAACUACAAGAAGUAACUUGUUCUUCUCAGUUUCUCCACUGUGAGCAUCACUGUGUUCCUCAUGAAAGCCUAAUGCAAUCACUCCAGAAAAAAAACAGGUCCCAUGUUUCAGGCUUAAGGAGAUAUAUGAAUCUCAGGAAAAAAAAAAUCUGCUCUGUUUUUCUGAAUUUAUUACCUACACCAUGAAAGUGGGGAUCUUCUCCCCAGUUGCAUGGAGUAGAGCCUGGUUUCUGCUGCUACUCUCUUAGAAAAAGGUUUGUGGAUGAUUUUUGAUGCUAGAUUUGGAUCUAAAAGAAACUCAAACUGAAUAAUUGAUUUUCCCUCCUAUAUCCUAUAUUUGGUACAAGGCAGAAAGCUGCUUAUGUAUGGAUUGCCAUAAAUCAAUAACAUAAGCAGCUUCCUGUCUAUUUUAUCUUUGUUUCUGCACUUUUAUUAUAUUAUUUUGUUGAUAUUAAUUAAGAUUGCCAAUUAUUCAUUAAGAUUAUUACAAGCAAAGAAAACAUACAGUACGAGUCAAAAGUUUGGGAAGACUUGAGGGUGUUUCUGAUUAACUGAGACAAGUUUGAUGAUGAUAUGAUCAAGGUGCUUUAUAUUGAAAAAUAAAGACUCUACAAUAGAGCGAUAAAGCCCAACAAUCAAAACAACCCAUCAUGAGCAAGCACUUGGUGAC